GUUCGAAAUGCACAGGGAGGAAUGAAACCGAAAGUUUAGCGUAACCAAGGAAGAGAGAACGGAGACUUGGAUGUAGCUCUCGCCACCAUGGAAGCUGAACCCAUUGUUUACACUCGGGACCCUGUUGCCCAGAGACCGACCUCGAAUCACUGAAGAGCUAGGGAUGAAGCACCAGGGGUGCAGGGCAGGAGCGUGACUCAAAGCAGCGAAACAGUGAAUCUUUUGGUGGACUGUAUUGAAAGCAGCACUGAGAUCAAGCAAGACAAGAAUGGGUGUGUAGAACGCUUAGUGGCUUAGAAGAAGGACACAUGAGGCGUGAAUACCCCAGAAAUCUGGAGCAGAUUCUCCAGAGCCCAGCUGUGUGUCUGUGAAGAGCAGCAGCUCAAUGAUUAUUGGUCCAUGUUUCAGCACAGAAGGAACUGGUACUGACCUGAGACCCCAGAAAUCUGGAGCAGAUUCUCCAGAGCCCAGCUGUGUGUCUGUGAAGAGCAGCAGCUCAAUGAUUAUUGAUCCAUUUUUCAGCACAGAAGGAACUGGUACUGACCCGAGUUUAGGUGGUUGUUAUCUCACCAAGAACACCUGUGAAACUUUGUGCUCUGUGCUACAAUCAGCAAACUCCUCCCUGAAAGAGCUUGAUCUCAAUAACAAUGAUCUGCAGGAUUCAGGAAUGGAGCUGCUCUCUAUUGGACUGAAGAGUUUACACUGUAAACUGGAGACACUCAUACUGGCUGGAUGUAAACUUACCACAAACUCCUGUGAAAAACUAGCAUCAGCUCUACAAUCAGCAAAUUCUACCCUGAAACACCUGGAUGUCAGUAACAAUGACCUAUGGGAUUUUGGAGUAAAGCUGCUGUCUGAUGGACUGAAGAGUUCACACUGUAAACUAGAGACACUCAGACUAGCUAUCUGUAAUCUUGGGGAAAAAGCUUGUGAACAACUGGCAUCAGCACUACAAUCAUUAGACUCCUCUCUGAAAGAGCUGGAUCUCAGUAACAAUGACCUGCAGGAUUUAGGAGUGGAGCUGCUUUCUGUUGGACUGAAGAGUUCACACUGUAAAUUGGAAACACUCAGACUGUCUGGUUGUAUGGUUACAGAUAAAGGCUGCUCUUCUCUGGCUUCAGCCUUGAAAUCAAAUCCGCCCCACCUGAGAGAACUGGAUCUGACCUAUAAUCAUCCAACCUAGUCUGGAGUGAAGCUUCUCUCUGAUCUACUAGAGGAUUCACACCCCACACUGGAGAAACUACAGGUGGAGCAUGGAGGGGAGAUCAGGAUGAAGCCAGGGCUAAAGAAAUAUGCCUAUGGGCUUACUCUGGACCAAAACACAGCACACACACUCCUGUCUCUGUCUGAGGGGAACAAAAAGGUUACGCGUGUAAGAGAGGAGCUGCCAUAUCCAGAUCAUCCAGACAGAUUUGAUGGCUGGUCACAAGUUCUGUGUGUGGAGAGUCUGACUGGAUGCUGUUAUUGGGAGGCUGAGUGGAGUGGGGGGGUGGGCGUAUCAGUGUCUUACAGAAGCAUCAACAGGAAAAGACGCAGUAAUGACUGUUGGUUUGGAAACAAUAAUCAGUCCUGGAGUCUGGAGUGCUUUACUAACGGCUACUCUGUCAAACAUAACAAGAAGAAAACUGUCAUACCUGAACCACCUUCUCACUCUAACAGAGUGGGCGUGUAUCUGGACUGGGCAGCCGGCAUGCUGUCCUUUUACAGCAUCUCACCCAACACACAUACACUGACUCGCUUACACACACUCCACUUCACAUUCACUGAGCCACUCUACGCAGGGUUUAGGAUUGAUUUCGGCUCCUCAGCGUGUGUGUGUGUGUGUAGGUGAGUAGUAGGAGUGACUGCUGGAGGGCUCUUCAACAUCUUCCCAAUCCGCCACUGAAGAAUGUCUUAUGCAGAGCUAAGGGCUUGUCUGAGGUUCACAGUAAUAAGAGUAGUUUUCUGCUUUGUUCUUGUAUGGCUGUUCUCCAGUAGUGUUGUAAUGUUCCAUGUGAGCAUAAUUUGGAUAUAACUGUGUCUACUGUGAAAUGUGACUGUAAAAAAAUAAAAAAAAACUGUCCAGACAGUACAGGCAUGUCGCCUAGACAUUUAUGCAAU